UCUGGAGCUCGGCGGCUGCAGAGGCGGCGGUGGCGGCGGCACGGCGCACUUACCGGCCCCGGGAGCGGCAUCAUGAGCGGAGCACAGAACAAUGACAAAAGACAAUUUCUGCUGGAGCGACUGCUAGAUGCAGUAAAACAGUGCCAGAUACGCUUUGGAGGGAGAAAGGAGAUUGCCUCGGAUUCCGACAGCAGGGUAACCUGCCUGUGUGCCCAGUUUGAAGCGGUCCUGCAGCAUGGCUUGAAGAGAAGUCGAGGAUUGGCACUCACAGCGGCAGCGAUCAAACAGGCAGCCGGCUUCGCCAGCAAAACUGAAACAGAGCCCGUGUUCUGGUACUAUGUGAAGGAGGUCCUCAACAAACACGAGCUGCAGCGCUUCUACUCCCUGCGCCACAUCGCCUCGGACGUGGGCCGCGGCCGGGCCUGGCUGCGCUGUGCCCUCAACGAGCACUCCCUGGAACGCUACCUGCACAUGCUCCUGGCUGACCGUGGCAGGCUCAGCACUUUUUAUGAAGACUGGUCUUUUGUGAUGGAUGAAGAAAGGUCUAGCAUGCUUCCCACCAUGGCAGCUGGUCUGAACUCCAUCCUCUUUGCAAUUAACAUCGACAACAAGGAUUUAAAUGGGCAGAGUAAGUUUGCUCCCACUGUCUCGGACCUCUUAAAGGAGUCAACACAGAAUGUGACCUCCUUGCUGAAGGAAUCCACGCAAGGAGUGAGCAGCCUUCUCAGGGAGAUCACAGCCUCCUCUGCUGUCUCCAUCCUCAUCAAACCUGAACAGGAGACUGACCCUCUGCCCGUCGUGUCUAAGAACGUCAGUGCCGAUGCCAGAUGUAAAAAGGAGCGGAAGAAGAAAAAGAAGGUGACCAACAUUAUCUCAUUUGAUGACGAGGAAGAUGAGCAGAACUCUGGGGAUGUUUUUAAAAAGAUACCUGGGGCAGGGGAGAGCUCAGAAGAGAACUCCGACCGCUCUUCGGUCAAUAUCUUGUCUGCCUUUGAAAGCCCCUUUGGGCCAAAUUCCAAUGGAAGUCAGAGCAGCAACUCAUGGAAAAUUGAUUCUCUGUCUUUGAAUGGGGAGUUUGGGUACCAGAAGCUCGAUGUGAAAAGCAUCGAUGAUGAAAAUGUGGAUGAAAACGGGGAUGAUGUGUACGGGAACUUAUCAGGAAGGAAGCGCGUGGGCCACUUGCCGUCGCCUGAGAAGCCACUGGACGGGAACACCUGCCUCUCCCAGAUGCACGGCUGGGCUCCGCUGCAGGUGCUGCACGGUGACACCGAUGUCCUCUUCCCCGUCAGCGGAGUGGGCUCCUUUAGCCCAGCAGAUGCCCCUCUCGGAAGCCUGGAGAACGGGACAGGACCAGAGGACCAUGUUCUCCCAGAGCCUGGACUUCGGUACAGUGUGGAAGCCAGUUCUCCGGGUCAGGGUAGUCCUCUGAGCAGCCUGUUACCUUCCGCCUCGGUGCCAGAGUCGAUGACAAUCAAUGAGCUGCGACAAGCCAUCGUGGCCAUGAUGAACAGGAAGGAUGAGCUGGAAGAGGAAAACAGAUCGCUGCGGAACCUGCUCGAUGGCGAGAUGGAGCACUCGGCUGCACUCCGGCAAGAGGUCGACACCUUGAAAAAGAAGCUGGCUGAGCAGGAGGAGCGGCACGUCAUGAAGGUCCAGGCACUGGCCAGAGAAAACGAGGUGCUCAAAGUCCAGCUGAAGAAAUAUGUAGGAGCUGUCCAGAUGCUGAAGAGAGAAGGUCAAACAUCGGAAGUUGUGCCAAAUCUUUGGAAUGUUGAUGGAGAAGUUACAGUCACGGAACAAAAGCCAGGAGAAAUUGCUGAAGAACUAGCAAGCUCCUAUGAAAGAAAGCUCAUUGAGGUGGCAGAGAUGCACGGUGAGCUGAUCGAGUUCAACGAGCGCCUGCACAGGGCCCUGGUGGCCAAGGAAGCCCUCGUGUCCCAGAUGAGGCAGGAGCUCAUCGAUCUCCGAGGGCCAGUGCCUGGAGAUUUGAGUCAAACAUCUGAAGACCAGAGUUUAUCGGAUUUUGAAAUAUCAAACCGGGCGCUGAUCAACGUCUGGAUCCCUUCAGUGUUUCUCCGGGGCAAAGCAGCAAACGCAUUCCACGUGUAUCAGGUCUACAUCCGAAUCAAAGAUGAUGAAUGGAAUGUCUAUCGGCGGUAUACGGAGUUUAGGAGUUUGCACCACAAGUUACAAAACAAGUACCCUCAAGUGAGGGCCUACAACUUCCCCCCCAAAAAGGCCAUUGGAAACAAGGAUGCCAAGUUUGUUGAAGAACGAAGAAAGCAGCUUCAGAACUACCUGCGCAACGUCAUGAACAAAGUCAUCCAGAUUGUCCCCGAGUUUGCCACCAGCCCCAAGAAAGAGACUCUCAUUCAGCUGAUGCCCUUCUUUGUGGACAUCACCCCUCCCGGAGAACCACCAAACAAGAACAGCCGGCCCAAAGUGGCUUCCCGCUUUCCCAAGCUGUCCCGAAGUCAGCCCAGGGAGACGCGCAACGUGGAGCCCCAGAGCGGCGACCUCUGACCUCAGUGGAACCCCAGAGGCAGGCUGUACAUGUCACACCAGCUGCCUCCACCCCGGCUACUCUGUGUCUGAACUGGCCACGGCAGCUGGCCCUUACAUCUUAGGGUGACAACCCUGUUCACCCAGUGAACCCCAGAAAGCACACCUUCCCCACCGGAAACAUGACACCCUAAUUAAACUGGUCAGUUUCAGAGCCACCAUGUUAUUAUCCCCAGAGCAAGGCGGCUCCUCCUGAAUACUGGGACGUGUGGUCACUGCUCUCCCAGGGUCUGCCCUUGCAGCAGAGGCCACCUGUUCCCCUUCCUCCAGCUCGGGCUGUGAGCCCCUGGUUGAGAUGCACAACUGUGAGGUUUCAUGUGGUCAGGAGGCUCCUUCCUAAGCUGCCUCCUGACUCUUUCCCAUGUGGGAAUUAGAGUGACUGUUAGCCUCUUUUAUUUUUAUUUUUUCUCUUUAAUGUAAUUGACUGUUACAGCCUAUGGACAGAUGGGGGGGGUCUUGUUCCCCUCCAUUUUGCCCUCCACCAGUGGUUACUAGACACCAGCGGGAUUGCUGCCUGGGCUCUUAGAGGUGUCACUGCUCCAGGGAGACAUUUCCCCAUGGCCUUGUGAAGGAGCCACUGCUGGUAGUUAACUUUGGUUCUUGGAGAACUUCCUCCAGCUCCCCGUGGUUGGCUUCAGGAGGGAACCUGAAGUCACCUAGGCCCAUGUGCACCUUGUCGGACUUGGAGGGGCUCAGACACACAGCCCAGCCCUCAGCAUCAGCCUGGUAACCCUGCGUUGGAGAGACUUGGCUCUGGGAACCACAGAAGAAAGUUCCGUAAGCCCUUGGCUUUUCAGACCCAGCUCUGUCUCGGUGAACUUGGACACAGCAUCUGCUCUGAACAGAUCAUGGUUGUCCCUUGAGACACACAUUUGCCAUGCACCAUCUGUCCCCCAAAAUACUCUUGUUGGGAGCAGAACCCUGUGCAUCCCCCAAGACUCAUUCCCCUGUUCCUCCCAGCCUUAUCUUGCCCCUGAAGUUCCUCCCGCAGUGAGCCCACCGUGGCCUGGCAGGACCGGAGCUGGGCGGCGGGUGUUAAGCCCCAGGAUCAUGGAACUGUCUCCCACUCGGUCAGUAGCUGCCUCUGCUGCUGAGUGCAGUUAGGAGUAGUUCACACUUUCUGGGGGAGAUAUUAAGAAAGUAGAUAGGAAGUCAUGAACCAGACCACGCAAGAAUAAGGUUGUGCCUCUCUGACCGACGCAGGUAGAGUCAUAGGGAACCUAGGGUGGAAGGUGAUGUUUGGAGGGCAAACCUCAACUCAUCCUGGAACUGCUUCAGUUCACUGGCCUGAAACUUGGUGGAUGACCUAAAUGAGCGUGGCGCAUCUCCUAGCUACAGGAAGACUGGAAAGAACCACUUGGAAGAUUUAUGCGUUGUGAUCCCCUAGUAGCCAGGAGACUUACUCAGAGAAGUAAAGGAAAGCUGAGACCAUUUACACAGCCCUGCAGAGAAACAGAAGCGGCCUGGACGCCUUCUGAGAGGCCCUUGGGCCAGGUGAGGCAGGACGGGCCCACUGUUCUUGAUGCACAGGAGCAGGGGGUAGAGGACCUGAGAGACAUCCAGGUCCUAGAAAGGCAAUAGGGUCUCCUCCUUGUCCACCAAGGUGACCACUGUGGCUGCUGACUUUGAAUCUCCUGGACUAAGUAACCAGGGCCUGUCUGGAAGCUUAGGCUGCCCAAGUCCUGCCUCCCUGACGUAGGGCUUCAGUGCCAGCUAGAAGACUCCACACCACCUGACCCUUCUGUUUGCAUUUGGUACGGAAGAGGAAGGGAACCUCCUGUCUGGGACAUCUGCCCCCCUGCCCCACCCCAAAUCUCCCAGGCUGAUGCUUCCGAUCUGUGCAGGCCUUUUCUGCACCUGACGCGAAAUGCAUCUGCACAUAGUUAAAAAAGCAAAAAAAGGUACCCAGAGCUACACCAGAUAGCUGCUAAGCCCUGAGAAACACGUAUAUGCCCAGCUGCUAUUUAAAAAGCAAGAGAAAGACCGCCUCCCCCUUUUGUGAUCAUGUAGGAACCCUGGACUCAUCUUCAAGGUACAGGCCAUCCCCUCUCCUCUUAGCUCAGAUGUGCACAUGACAGGGACAUUACAGCCACUCCCUGUAGCCUUAACUUUGGAAUCACGUAGCAUGUUCUGCAAUGAUCUAGUGCAUGCAGCUGCUCAGAAUCCUCCUGUCCUGCUCUCUGGUGUGGUGAGAUGGACUUCAGGCUAAAGAGACAGGCGGCAGACUUCCCAAAUGCCAUCCCAGGGGACAUGGACUCACCUGCCCUUCAGCCCAGGUCCAUUUCUGAGGACCGGCUGUCUUCCACUGAACCACCUGCCCAGCCCGUGUGACCCAUCAGUGGAAAAGACAUCCCUGCAGAAAGGAGCUGCCACAGCUCACUUCUGUCUCUUCGAUCCAGUAAGAUUCUUUGGGGUCUCCAAAGUUGGCAUCGGACAGAGGAAGCCGUCCCCAUUCAGAGAAACCAAAGGGGCCUGGGCAUCUAGGCCCACCUCUACUGCGAGGCAGAGUCCACUCUGGGUCCUUUCAUCUAAGAAAAACUGUAUCUUCAUGGUCUGCUGUAGCAAGAACCCACAGCACAGCACCAGGUUUGGUCCCUGCCACCAUCUCGUUUCUUUUUUUUCCUUUUCCCCCAGAUGAAACACUCAGGAAAAGUAGGGCUGGGCAGAGAUGGCUCUCCUUAAAAGAGAGAACUAAAGCGUCCAGGAAGGGAGGUGAAAGGCUGCUGUGACCCUAGCCCAGAAGUGACUCCUGACUUGGGAGAGAACAGUCCCAGCCGGCUCUUCUGGACUCAGUCUGAAAUUUCAGCUGGACACAGCUGGUUCCAGCUCCUUCGAAUCUCAUUCCCAGGCACAGGCUGCUCACGUUACUGACAAGGAAUCACAGAAAGCAGAGCUGUGGGUUAAACUACCAGCAUUUCUGUACAGUCAGGUCCUAGAGGAGGAGAAGACUUUCACAGAAGAGGCUGGUACAGCCCAUGGUGGUGGCCACUUAGCCAGUAACCAGGCACAUCCAAGGGCUUCCUGGUCAGCAAAGGGAUCAACACAUGGAGUUAGAAGAGGAGACGGUCUUGUGAGAUCUGGCAGGAGGCACGCGCCCUGAGGGGAGGGCUGGGGAUGCGAUCUGACUGCAGCACUUGGCUCUGCUCCACACGUGGGGCUUAUGAAGAUGAGUUCUUUGAAAUUUUAAAGCAGCGGCAGGUUGUGUGGGUGCUUUUAAAAUUCCGAGGCAAUCGAAAGCCGUUUACAUCGUCAAUUGAUAACGCAGCUGUACCAACAGGCACAGGAGGCCCAGUAAUUACUCCUCAGGCUUUCGGCCCAGAGUCAGAGAACAGGAAUGAAGACCUGCCGGCCCGCCUAGUUCAUCAGACGCAGCGCUGCCUUCUGCAGGAGGCUUAGCUCCUGCCACCCUGAACCAGGGCUCCACAGCCCAGGCAAGCUGGUGACUGUCUCUUUUCCUACCGGGGGUGCAGCUCAUUGUGUGCAGCCCAGACACCAGCUGGCCCCUCACCUGGAGGCCCUGGCACUGUUCUUUGUCCCCCAACCAUCUCCAGAGUCCUUCCUUCCUCAGCCUGGCUCCUCAGUGCAAGCACCAGCCCCUGUUCAGGUGUGGCUCUCCACUCCAGAAGCAUCUUCUGGGCUUGGCCUGUAACAGACGGCAAAGGGCUGGAUUUGCAACUCCUAGGACCUGCCAAGGGUCCCCCUGCCCCGCCCCAAUCCUACUGGCCAGGGGGCUUCCCAGAAGGGGUGUGCCUCACAGCCAGGUUGCAAUCCCAAAGGCAAUAACUGUCUUGAGUUUUCCUCGGUGUUUCACUCCGGACGAUACCGCGCACUCCGGGGCUUUUCCCCAGCCUGGAGGCUGACUCAGCAGACACGGGCUGUUUCCAGAAGCAGACGCCUGCUUAUGAGCAAGGUCUAUUGUCAUGAACAAUUUUCAAAAUAUUGUGCAUUAUUUCAUUAAAGCUAAUGUUAAAUA